UACAAAAAUUAAAAACAAAAAAAAACAAAAAAACAAAAAAACAAAAAAACAAAAAAAGAAAAAAGAAAAAAAUUUGGUUUAGGGGUUUAGGGUUUAGGGUUUUUCUCUUUAUUCUUUGCGAUAAGAUUCAGUGAAAACCGAACGGAAGGAUGAGAGGGUUACAGCUUCCAUUGAACCAAACCCAGAAGGUUCGGCUACAGAGAGCUCUGGAAAAGCUAGAGUCUUUGUCUUCAAAGGCAAACUCUAAUGCUUCUGUUACGAUCGCCGAUUCCAUCCCUGUUAACGCUGAAGAUUCCCUCCUCAAGGGACAUGGAACCACAGUACUCAAUGAUGAAGUUCUUGCAACCACUUGCGGUAUCAUCGAGCGCGUUAACAAGCUGGUCUAUGUCCGUUCUUUGCGGGCCAGAUACAAACCAGAGGUUGGGGAUACUAUAGUGGGGCGUAUUAUUGAGGUUGCUCCCAAGCGUUGGAAAGUAGAGAUAAAUAGUGGCCAGGAUGCAGUACUAAUGCUUUCUUCAAUGACCUUACCUGAUGGUAUCCAGAGGCGACGAACUGCUGUUGACGAACUUAACAUGCGAAGCAUUUUUUCAGAGAAUGAUGUCAUCUGUGCUGAAGUUCGUGGUUUUCAACAUGAUGGCUUACAACUUCAAGCAAGAAGUAGGAAGUUUGGAAAGCUUGAAAAGGGUCAAUUACUCACAAUCUCACCUUAUCUAGUGAAGAGACGCAAACAGCAUUUUCAUCAUUUAGAACAGUAUGGAGUUGACUUGGUUGUUGGCUGUAAUGGAUUCAUCUGGGUUGGUGAGCAUAUUGAACCUACAGAUGAUAUAUUUGAGGGACAAGUCCACAAGCCUGAGCAGCAUACAACUGAAAAUGAUGAAGAUUCAUCAAGUCUGGAAGGGCAAGAACAGAGUUAUACUCCUCUAGAGACGAGACAAAACAUAUGCAGAAUUGCAAAUGCUAUCCGGAUAUUGUCCACUUUAGGCUUCAAUAUUACUGUAGACGUGAUUGUGGAGAUAGUGAACUUGAGCAGCUCUCUGAAUCUAGAUGUUCAUGAAAUGCUUGGUCCAGAAUUUCAUGUUCUGGUUGCAGAGAAAGAGGCUGUACAGCGAAGCUUGACUAAAAAGAAGAUAUGAUUCUGUUGCUCAAAGCAUUUUUGUUUACCUUUUCGAAGGGGAAAAAAAAAAAUCACACCAACAUUUGGGGUGUUUGAUUUGUUAAGUGGAAAGCACAGUUAUUGUAUCCGAAAUACAUUUUUUCUCAACUUGUUCAGAAUCAUGACAAUUUUCUGUGUUUUUUCUUGAAACAUGUAGAAUAUUUAGUGAUAUAUUAUUAGAUGACUACAAAUUUUGUAAUUCA